AUGGAAGCGCAAUGGGCCGAUAUUUGGGCUUCGGAUCCUGAUGAAGCAACUGACCCUACUCCGCCGCGUAAUGUACCUCCUGUUACACCUGUUUUAGCAGCCAAUUCGACCGAUUCCCAAGCCCUCGACCUUACUCAAUCAGGUACUCCACCACCAAUCGAUCCCCCCAACGCAACUGCCGAUCUAUCUGACACAUUACGCACAUUCCCUCCUCGCCCAAAUCUUGAACAUUAUACCUCCGCAGAGCUUAUAAUUAAAGUUAUAAAUACCUUUAAGAGAUAG